CACUUUUCAAACACAUCUAUCUCUUUUAUUUCUUUCUUUUACUUCCUCUUUGAAGGAAAAAAUCCACUUCAAAAUAUAUUCUUCUUCCCUAGUUAUUUCCCUAGUUAUCACUUUACCAACAUAUUUCCAAUCGCUUCAAUGAGUAAUCAAGGAGCCUUAUUGUUGUCAUCAUCAUUCUAGUGUUGGUUUUGUUCGUUUGUGUCACUGAACCAAAAAAAGAAAAAGUUUAUUCAUAUGAAUCACUGUCGUUCUCUCAGAGCAUUUAUAUUUUAAAAUAAUACAAAGAAUAUAUUUUAGGAAUUGAGUUUGUCUGGCUGAACCCAUUGAGUUCCUAGCUUAAAACUUCCUUGCUGUUGAUGCAACUCUCUGAUGCAGAACUAAACCUUUUGGACUGCAGUGUUUGCAUUCAGAAGUCUCUAGAAUGCUGCCAUUAGUAAAUAUAGUUGUUUGCUUAUAUGUAUUAAAUUUAACCCAAUGCACAUAAUGUCUAGACCUGAUCGGUUUGGUUUCCGACAUUCUGCCUACUUCCUCAAACUAUUUACUAUUUAGUUCAAGGGUUUAUUCAUUUCUUCACACCAUGGACCUAGAUCCAACUAUUUGAUAGUUCGAUUGAUGGGCCAAGAAUCCAAUUUUUCUAGGGCUAACCCAUGUAUUACUAGAGGUUUAAUUCAGCAUACUUUCAUUCUGUUUAUGCACUCCAAUGGAGAAAUGAUUUUGAGCAAGUACUAAGCAAAAUCACUAGUGAACUUACAGAAACCCUUUCUGGGCAUAGCUCAACUCAUGGUGCAAAUCCAUUAGCAAAGUCAUAAUUUAUUUAUAACACAAUAGAAAUCCAUUGAAUUUUAAGAUUACAUUUUCAAUCUGAUGAUAUAAUAAAUAGAGCAAAACAGUUCUUGGCAUCUUCAAUUGUGAAAGAACAAUCAAGUUGUUUAGAGAGAAACCCCUUAUUAUAUAUGUGCAAGCUUGCAUGUUACUAUGUCUCUUUGCUUCCAAUACCCAAUCUUAAAAGUUAAGAAGCAAUUACAUAAUACAACACCUUGGAGACUCCAAUUGAAAUGUGGGAUACCAUUUAAUCCAAAAGCAUAAACUUAUGAGUUUGGGCCCAACUAUGUUAUAUUAAAUAUUUGCUCUUGUUAUUAUUAUUUAACUAGUUGCAAACCCACGUGUUGCGCGUGAUAAUAUUUUUUUGGUGAUCUCAUUAUAUAUAUAUAUAUAUUUAAAAGCUUACAUAUAACUUUUUUUUAAACCUUUACACACACACACACACACAUCUAAAAUGUGAAUCUUUACAUAUACCUUUAAGUAAACUAUAUAUAUAUAUAUAUAUAUAUUCCACUUCAUUAGAUGUGCUAAACCAUAGACUACUACUCCAUAAUGAUAAUUGCUAACUAAUUUUAUCUUUUAUUUUUUAAUGAUCUCAUUUAUAACGCUUCUUACCAUUAUAUAUUUACUAACCAAUGAUUUGCAUAACAAAUACGUUAAAUAAGAGAUAACAUCGUUCAUUAGAUUUUCAAAAAGUAACAGUGUUUGAAGAUUUUAAAAUUUAUAUAAGGUUAAAUGAAAUGUCAAAAAAAGAUUUUAAAUUUCUUAACUUUAUUUCUUAUGCAAUUUCUAUUAGUAUUGGAGAACAUCACUUUUUUAGUUAUGAUUGGAAAUAUGGUUUCCAUGAUUAAAGUAUGGUUAGUUUUUAAGUUUAAAUUUAGUACUAUGAUUGUAUUUUUUAGAAAAUUAUGGCUUGGAGUCUAAUUUGUAUUAAGGUUUGAGGUCUCAUGCAAAAUGGUUCAAAUGAGAGAAAUGAGCCAAAGAGAGACUGAAGUUUAGCUAAUUUCAUAUUGAGCUUAUUGAUGACUUUGUUCCUCAAUUACACGGAAUGAUUACAAAUAAAAGUUUUUAACAAAUACAAUGAAAUUUUUCAUUACAAGAAAACAUCUAUCUUGGAAUUAGCCUUAACAAAAAUCCUAAUAGAUUGUUUAAGGCUUUAACAACUUGUGGCUAAAUGGAGUGGUUUUGUUGUAGGUUGAGUUGUGAGUAUGGAUUUGGACCUUGGGUCGCUUGUGUGAUGGUUUUGGUUAGAGAGCUUUCAUGGCCUUUGUCUGUUUGUCAGUAUUGGGUUUUAAGUUGUAAGGGACUGGGUGUUAGUUGGGCCGAGUGUGCUUUGGAUCUCAAAUCUUUUGUUUUUUCCAUGGUUUGAGAGUCUAUGUUGUCCAUCUAAGAAGACAGUGGCACAAUGCCAAUCAAACAAAUGGUUUGGGUGGUUCCAAUGAUAGCCCAUAAUAUAGGCUUAGCACAACAGUAAGAAAAAGUUGUCUAUCUCUCGGCUACAUUUGAAUCGAGGGUUAGAAAAGUGAGAGGAUUUAAAAUAAAAAAGUGAUAGAAGGACGGGGAUAAAGCAAAGUAGUAUAAAUAGAAGAGAUUUGAGUUUUGAGUUUUGAGUUUGAGUUUUCUCUUAUGUGUGUAUAAAAGGAAGAGGAUUUAAAAUAGAAGAGAUUUGAGUUUGAGUAUAAAAGGAAGAGGAUUUAAAAUAGAAGAGAUUUGAGUUUUCUCUUAUGUGUGUUUAGUUGGGAGGAUGAAAAGGUAAAGAGAUAGAAAACUCAUUUAUUUGGUUGAGAAGAAAAAUGAAGAUGGACAAUAAAGUUAGUAUAAAUUUAUAAUUAUAUAUCCAUUAUAAAUUUGAAAAAGGGGAGAAAAGUAAAAUUUAUAAACUGGGUAACCAAAAUUAAUCAAAUGUUGAUGGGCUAGAGUGUGAGAGUGAGAGCCAGAAAUCUGUCAUACCUGAGCUUUGAAGUGUGAGAGAGAGAGAAAAGGUAGGGCAUAAAGCAAAGUAAUGUGAUUGUGACCUGUAUUAAUUUACACGGUACUUUAGUUCAGAAAUCUAAAAAAAAAAAAAAAAAUUUAAUGGGCCGAUUUUCCAUUUUACCCCUUUUAGUCACCCCCUGGUCCUGUGCUAUGAUCUAGGGCAGAUUUAUCCAUUAACAAUGGCUCUAAAUCAAAAUAGGCUCCACCACCUUAAACUCUCACUUCAGCCCAUGAAAGGGCGAAGAGCUGAGAGUCCAUUGGACAUGAAAACCUACUUCAACAAGACUAAUAUCUUCUCCUAAAAAAAAUUAGUAUUAUUGUUGAAAUUUUUUUAAAAUAAAUUUCUUGAUUUAAAAAAAAUUAAUAAUCUUUCAUCAUCUAACUUACCCUUUUUUUAAUGACAAAAGGUUUUUUUUUUUUUUUUUGGGAGAAAAUUUAAUGAUAGAAGGUAGUUUAUACAUUUUAUGGUUUUGAAAUCCAGAUCGUUCAAUGAACCGUAAGAGGGAGAUGUUCAAGGUUUUUGAGGUUGAAUCGAAGUCAAACCGUGAUUAUGUCAUAAUUAAUUUAAUAAUUAUUUAAAAUAUAAAUAAAUAUAUUAAAUUAAUAAAAGUAGAAAAAUGAACUUAAAUAGUCCAAAUAAAUAUAGAGAUAUAUUUUUCAAAUGUCUUUUUUAUAUCAUAACUUUCAUAAGGCAAAAUAAGAAAUACUAAAUCUUAAGAAAACCUAAAUAAUUUUUUUGUUAAAGCUCAAUAUUUUACUCUAUUAAUCUUUUUAUGACAGCUUAUGUCUAAAUUAUCUUAAGUCAUGCUUAAGCCCACUUGACUACCCACUAAAUUGUUUUAUUCUAAAGCCCGUUUGAAUAUUCAACCAUUUAUGAAAAUUUUAAAAAUAAAAAAUAAACACAAAAACUAGAAGAGUGGCUGUACAAAGCAUUAAAAAAUUGAUUAAACCCAAUAAAAAUUAAAAAAGAAAAGAAAAAAAGAGUGGUUGACAGCAUGUAUUUAGGGAGUGACAGAAAGCAAGUUGUGAAUCAUCUUCCAAUUAGACCAGAAGACUCUAGAGUGGAAAGGAAAAAACUCAGAGAGAAAGAGAAAAUGCAAAAGUAGCAGUCUGCAAAAAUGCAGAGAAAGAAUGGGCGAGUGAGACUAAGAAGAAGAAUAAGAAGAAAUGUUGGGGCGAUCUCAAGGUCUGAGGUUGAAGCUUUAACAAUGGCUGAGCUGUAAGUACCCGGUUAACCUUGUGCUAGACAUCUUGAAAAGAUGGUCGAGAGCUAGAAUCAUUUGGUUAGAAAUAGAGAAUACCCAAUAGGGGAAUUGGUCUGGCAAGCAAUCCCACAUGUCCACGGAGUUGCUGGCACUAGAAAACAUAAAUUCUUGCCAAUAUAGGUGGGACUCCAAUUCUAUAGGCUCAUUGAUGGAGAAGUAAAGUGUUGCAUGACCCCAAUAGCUUUCUUUAAUUCGCUUAUCCAGUCUUUCUUGUUAGAUUUAUUUUUUAGUUUUAGUUUUGAUUGUAUAUUAAAUUAUUAAUUUUUAAUGAAUUAUGGCCUUUAGUCUAAUUCCUAUUUAGGUUUGAGGUUUCAUGCAAAAAUGUUAGCGAAUUUCACCAUGAGCUUAUUAAUGACUUUGUUCCUCAACUAAAUAUUGAGUUUUGUCCAAACCUUUAAAUUUUUUCUUAUAUUCGCUCAACAGAUCAUAAGUGCAUUUGACCAAAAUUUGUAAAUGUGUAGAGUGAAGUUGAGUGAACAACAAACUUUUGUCUUCAUCCUCAAUUACACCGAAUGAACAAUUACAAAUAAAAUUUCUUAGACAAAUACUUGCAACAAAACUUUCAUUACAAAGAAAUUUCCAUCUUGGAAUUUGGCCUUCACAAAAGUCCAAACAUGAUAGUCCACUUGUUGGGUAAUUAUCAAAUUCCCAUCAUGGAAUUUAGUUAUGCCUUGCUUCAAUAAUUAAGAUAAGAAGAAGAAGUUUCAUAAUUGGACCACCUACUAGUCCACUUGUUGGGUAAUUGUCAUGUUCAUAGCUUUGCUUACAUAAUAAUAUCUUUCUACCUAAUAUCAACAUUUUAUACUCUCCACAAUUUCUCUUUUAUUCUCUGUUCUCCUCUUCAACCAACUGUCUCUCUCUCUCUCUCUCUCUCUCUCUCUCUCUUCAUCUCAUCGACCUUGACAAAGUGAUCAGCAUCCUUAAGUUCAAGAUUUGCCAAUAUAUUUCUAAUGGCUGCCAUUAGCACUCAAUCUGCCUCAUCUUCGUCAUCAAUUUCUUCUUCAACACCGCAAUGGAAAUACGAUGUCUUUCUCAGCUUUAGAGGUGAGGACACACGCAAUAGAUUUACUAACCAUCUAUAUGUUGCCUUAAAACAAAAGGGCAUUCUCACCUUUAGAGACGAGGAAAAACUUGAGACAGGAAAAUUCAUUUCAUCAGAGCUUUUGAAAGCAAUAGAAAAAUCAAGGUUUGCAAUUGUCAUUCUUUCAAGAAACUAUGCAUCUUCUACAUGGUGUUUGGAUGAACUUGUAAAGAUCAUUAGGUGCAUGAAAGAGAUGAAGAUGAUGGUUCUACCAAUUUUUUAUGAUGUGGAUCCAUCUACUAUACGAAAGCAAAUGGGUACUUUUGCCCAAGCCUUUGCUAAACAUGAAGAAAAUUUCAAGGACUGCAUAGACAAGGUGCAAGCAUGGAGAACUGCUUUGAGAGAAGUAGCCAAUAUCAAAGGAUGGCAUGUACAAGAUAGGCCUGAGUCACAAAUUAUCCAGAACAUUGUGGGAGAAUUGUGGCAUAAAUUAAGUUAUGCAUUCUCAGAAUGUACCGAAAACCUAGUAGGAAUAAUUUGUCAAGCGGAGAAAUUGGAGUCAUGUUUGGAUUUAGGGUCAAACAAUGUUCGCAUGGUAGGGAUUUGGGGGAUGGGAGGAAUAGGUAAAACAACUCUUGCUAGAGUUGUGUUUCGUAUGGUUUCAAAUAAGUUUGAAGAUAAGUUUGAAGGUUGUUGUUUUCUUGCUAAUGUUAGGGGAGUUUGUGAAAAAGUUGGUUUAGUUCGAUUACAAAAACAACUCAUUCUUCAAAUUUUGAAUGAAAAUAUGGGUGUGGAAGAUGUUAAUGAAGGAGUUUUUGUGAUCAAGAACAGGUUACGUCAUAAAAAAAUUCUUCUUGUUCUUGAUGAUGUAGAUCAAUUAGACCAAUUAAAUAAGUUAGCAGGGGAUCAUAAUUGGUUUGGUUUAGGUAGUAGAGUUAUCAUAACAACAAGAGAUAAGCAUUUGCUACAGACUCUUGGAGUAGAUGAAAUAUAUGAGGCUAAUGGAUUGACACAUGAUGAAUCUCUUCAUCUUUUGAGUUUGAAAGCAUUUAAAAAAGAUCAUCCACCCGAAGAUUAUCUAAAGUUGUCCAGGGAUUUUGUAUAUUAUGCUAAUAACCUUCCUUUAGCUAUUGAGAUUUUGGGUUCUUUUUUGUUUGGUAGAAGUAUCCAUCAAUGGAAAAGUACAUUAAAUAGGAUAAAACAGUUUCCUGAAAAAGAUAUUCUCCAAGUACUUAGAAUAAGUUUUGAAGGACUACAUGAAACAGAGAAGGAAAUAUUCCUAAAUAUUGCUUGUUUCUUUAAUCAUGAGGGGAAAAAUGAUGUAGUAGAAAUACUAAAUUAUCUUGACCUUUUUCCAGAUGUUGGAUUAGGGGUUCUUUUUGAUAAAUCUCUUGUUAAAUUUCGGGGUUCUACCUUGUGGAUGCAUGAUUUGCUUCAAGAAAUGGGCAAGAACAUAGUUUAUGAAGAGUGUCCUAAAGAGCCUGGAAAACGUGGCAAAUUCUGGCUGUUUAAGGAGAUUAACGAUGUACUGACAAAAAAUACGGGAACAAAAGCAAUUAAAGGCAUAGUCUUAAAGUUGCAUAAACAAAAAGAGGUAUAUUGGAAUCCUAAAUCCUUUUCAAAGGUUCAUGAUCUUAAAUUGCUCAUAAUUGAUAAUGUUCACCUUUUACACGAGCCCAAAUAUCUUCCUAAUGCCUUGAGAUUUCUUGAUUGGAGUGAAUACCCUUCAAAAUAUUUUCCACCAAGUUUCCAACAAAAGUCUUUUGAUAGUUUGAAGUUCAUCAAAUUGAAGAAAUCACUAAAAUUGAUUGAAACUCCUGACUUCAACGAAAUCCCAAAUCUUGAGAAAUUGGAUCUUGAGGGUUGUAUAAAUUUACGUUCCUUGCACCCAUCAAUUGGAGUUCAUCAAAAACUCACUUUUCUUAACCUAGAAGGUUGCAAAAACCUCAGAAGUCUUCCAAGCAAGUUUGAAAUUGAGUCUCUUGAGAUCCUUAUUCUUUCUGGUUGCUCAAAUUUAAAAAGAAUUCCAGAGUUUGGAGAAAAUAUGAAAAAUGUAUCAAAGCUUUACUUGGAUGGCACUGCUAUUACAAAAUUACCAACAUCAAUUGAAAAUUUGACUGGGCUUGUUUCAUUGAAUGUAAAAGAUUGCAAAAAUCUCAUGUCUCUUCCUAGCACCUUUUUUAAUAUGAAGUGGCUCGAAGAUCUCAGUCUUUCUGGAUGCUCAAAAGUACAGGAAAACUUGGUGACUGAGAAAAGGGUAGAAGAGGUUGAUGUGAGUGGAACUGCCACAGGACUUAUGGCUUAUUCCAAUACUCUUUUUCAAACUCUUAAAACACUAGCUUUGGGUGGAUUUAAGCCGAGAAGUUCCAAUCGCAUGGGCUUGUUAACGACUUCUUUAUGGGGCUUGUGUUCUUUGACCAGUCUGAAUCUAAGUUAUUGCAAUCUCAAUGCAAUCCCCAAUGAUAUUUGUCGCUUAUUCUCUUUACAAUAUUUAUAUCUAAGUGGCAAUAAUUUUAGUUGUCUUCCAGAAAACAUUGCUCAACUAUCUAGGCUGUAUCGGUUGGAGGUGAACAAUUGUACGAGUCUUCUAUCAUUGCCAAAGCUUCCAUUAAAUAUUUCUUUUAUUUUGGGAAAGGGUUGUACCUCACUAGAAACGCUACCAGAUCUAUUACCACCAAAUUCUCCAUUUAAGCGUUACCUCUACCUUACAAAUUGCAGUAAAUUGGCUGAGAAUCAAGGCUUCAUUGACAAUGGAUUGCUGUUUUUUGCAGCGAUAAUAAGUUCCCUUCGGUGCCCUCACUCUGAUUCCCGUUACUACAGAUAUAACGGUGUUAUCCCUGGAAGUGAAAUUCCAAAGUGGUUUACGCAAUUACGCAUCAAAGUAUUGGGGAUGAGGUUAGUAUUCAAGAACCUAAUUCUCUUUUGUGUAAUGAGUGGAUCGGGAUUGUUGUUUGCGCUGUAUUUUGUUCUCAUCCACAUCACCAAAUCCUAAAAGAAGGUUUACUUAGCUGUUGGUUGAUAGUCAACGGAAAACAAAUGAGUAACGCACCAGGCACGCUCAACUUUGUUCCUUUAUCGGAUCACACUUGGCUUCCUCAAU